AUGAGGCUUCCGGGGAGGGGGAGGAACAUUGCUUUCCAUGACGUGAGUCCCAGGGCCUGGGCUGUGGGUGAGGCAUUUCCUGCCCCUGAGGUGGAGGAGGCAGGGGCUCUAAGUAGCACAUACACCUGCUCUGGGUGGGGGGCAGGGGGUUCAGUCUCAACCCCUUUCAUGGAGAUACCCAUAGAUCAGAUGCCUCCUCAAGGGCAAUGGAAAGAACCUGCCCCAACUUUCAGUACUUUCCACUCUAAACAUCCAACCCGGAAAAGCAGAAGAAGCACGGCACUGCCUAAUUUGCCUCAGGCAUCAGAAAAUGAGACUGUUCCAUCCAACCACACCAAGGUUUCUCUCCAAGGCCAGGGGACUGUACCUAUUCUAAGCAACACAAAGAAGGCUGAGGAAGUACCUGGGCUAGGGGGACCAUCCCUUCAGGCUGAGACCAGGGCCUGGUUUCAGAAGACCCAGGCACCCUGGUUUUUGGAUGGUGGGGAAGCCCCAGUCUGGUUCCAUGGCUUUAUCACUCGCCGGGAGGCCGAGAGAUUGCUGAAAAACAAACCUCCAGGCUGCUACUUGGUGCGGUUUAGCGAGAGCGCGGUGGCCUUUGUGCUGACUUACAGGAGCCGCAGCUGCUACCGCCACUUUCUGCUGUCCCAGCAGCCAGACGGGCGCCACGUGGUGCUGGGCGAGAACAGUGCCCACGAGCGGCUGCCGGACCUGCUGCGCUACUAUACCCUGUGUCCGCUCAGCCCCUACGGGGAGCACCUCACCCAGCCCUGCGUCCGCCAGACCCCUGCUCCAACUGGUAUGUCCAUGCAAACAGAACACUCAGAAUCCAGGAAUGAAGGCAAAAAUGGAGUUACCCUGUACAGCCCAGUCAACAAACAGGAACAAGUCCCAGGGCCUGUGAACAAGGAUAAUCCUGGACCUAGGGAGCCAGAAUCGCUAUCCAGGCCUAAGCCCCCUGUUCCAACCAAGCCCCAGAUACGCCCUGAACUCUACUCCAUUCCAGCCUCAAAAGCAUCCCACUCCGCUGCACGCCCUGUGCCCCCUCAUCCCAUCUACCAAGAGCCAGAGGAACCCAUCGCCUUCUAUGCGAUGGGCAAAGGCAGUAAGGAGAGCCUUGUCAAUGUCUAUUCAGAGGUGGCUCCCAUGCCUCUUGGGCACCACUUCCUACGGAAAUGCCAUUCUCGGCCUGUCACAGUGACCCAGACCUUAGAUCAAGGCCCUACUUCCUCCCUCCGACAUCAGCCUCUCCAGGGACAUACUCUCCCACCUAACUUUUCUCAACAACUCUCCCAGGAUCAGGGACAGGUGCAGCUCCUUCUAGGAUCCAAUAAGCAUUGACUAGAGGUCAAGCUUUUCGGAUUGGUGAUCCCAUCCAAGUGCAGACUCAAUCUUCUGCUCCCCCUGCCAGGUUUCUCUCGUCGGUCUUCAUCAUCUCUGCCCUGGAUUCCAAGCCUCAAAAACCAAAUCUAGACACAGCUUCUCCUUCCCCCUCCCCCAAGAGGAGGGCCAGAGAGCUCAGAGGUCAGAUACUUCAGUUCCCUCUGCCACCUUCUGCCCCUGGGAGACUUGCAUCAGCUCUCUCUUAAGAGGACAGGAGUCAAAUCCAUCUGAAUAAGUGCUGUGAAAUCCUCUGAGCUGUCUUGGUUUCUCCUCCUGAAGCCAAGCUUCCUUGGCCCCAAAGCCUUCGUGUCUGGGCCUCGGUCCAAUGCUGCUGUUUUGGUUUGAUGGGAACAGAUGCUGAGGUGUUGUUUGCUGGUUCUUGUCUGGCUAAUAAAUCAUCCUCCCCGAACACUUCCCCUCUCAGAAAUUCAAGGUCUCCAAGCCCUGAACUCCCAUGUGCACAUGAACAUGUUACUCAAAGUUCAAUGAAAAAGCAAGCUACUGGCUAGACUGUAAGGAAGAACAGAGGAGGAAAAUGUAACAGACCAAGAGAGACUAGCCAGUGGGGACAGCACUGGAUCUGGAGUUGGAAACUGAAGUUCAAAUCCCACUUCAGACACUAGCUGUGUGAACCUGACAAGGCACUUAAGCUGUUUCUGCAAAUGAGAAUAAUAGUAUCUCCCUCAACAACAGGAUUGUUAUGAAGAUAAAACAAGAUCAUAUUUAGAGAGUACUUAACUCAGUGUCUGGUAUAUAGUAAGUGCUUAAUAAAUGCUAAUAAAUAAAUAAAUCCCCUCUCCCCACCUCAGAGGUCAUCUAAUCUCCCUCCACCUUUGUAGAGGGGAUGGGUAUCUCCCACUAUAACAUCCCUGACAACUAAGUUAUCUAACUUAUACAUAAAAAGACUUUUGGUGAAGAGAGACAAGCUAUUAUUCCACAACUGGAUAGUUUUCUUGAAAUUAAGCCAAAACUUGAUUCUGGGCAACCACUGACCCCAAUUCUGCUUCUCAGGGCCAAAGAAGUCUAAUCAAGUAUAUGAAGAGAGUUAUCAUUCCCCAAUGAAUCUUGUCUUCUCUAGGCUAAACCUCCAAUACUUCCAACAAAUCUUUGCAUAUAGUGGUCCUUCACUAUCUAGUCAGCCUCCUCUGAGCAAUGUCUUUUCCAGAAUAGAGCAUCUGGCCUUGGACACGAUAUUCCAGAUGGAGUUUGACCACAGAAAACUAAAGCAAAACUAAAAACCUCUUGUUCCAUGUAUACGAUACUUUAAUUAAUUCAGCCUAAAAUUAAAUUAGAUGGAGCAAUGUUAUCUUCCCAGAGAGAACAAUAACUUUCUAUCAGAUUAGACAGAGAGUCAGAUUUGUGUCAGGGGAGCAAAGAUGUAAGUAGUACUCACCCUUUGUCCUAGGACCACUCGACCUGUAACUCCAUUCUGAUGACCACGUGUGUUCUGAGCAAGUGAGAGCAAGAAUAAAGUGGGAAGAAACCAGUAGAGAAACAGGAAGGUGUCAAUGGAUUGUAGUAAUGAGAACCUAGCCCAAUCUCUUUUCUGCUUUGCUCUACUCUUUAAACUUUCUCUGGCCUAAGGACAAAAAGGUUCUGGACUUUCUAGUGAAGCAACUAGGGAGAAAAGUGGACUAUUUGUUCUUCUAGAGAACACAAAUGAGUAAAACAAAUGAUUUUGAGAUUCCUUACACUUCCUUCUCCAUUGCCUCAAACUCCAAAGUAAUUCUAGGAAUUUCUGCUGCUCAAUGCCCAGUUCCUAUCCUAAAUCUAUUUCUUCCCCUACUUCGAUCCCUGGGCCUUCCUGGAUCAAAUUAAUAUUUUAAUCAAGGAUGCCUGCCAUCCCUCUAAAUUCCCUACUACUUCAUGCCCUCCUUUGGGCCUUUCCUUCUCUGCCUUCUUCCUCCCUCCUUUUCUCCAAUCCUAUUCUACAGACGUAGAGUCUGGCCUUGUUUUGAAUUCUCCGUCAUUUAUUGGUCCUGUGACUCUGGCCAGGUCACUUGCCUUUUCUGCUCCUCAGUUUCCUCUCCCUGUAACAUAAAGGAAUUUUAUUAGAUGAGCUCUAAUCUAGACCUCUUAGCUCUAACCUUUUGUGACCAAUGAUAAUAUCCAACACUUUAAUUUCUCCAGGAAGCUGCCCAAUACUGAUGUCAUUAUCCUGCCAGCUCCAUUUCCCCCAACACGUUUCCAUCUCAAAUUCUGCCCGAGACUUUUGCCUCCAACCUGAUACUUUUUAUAUUCUUGCAUUGAUCUCUGUGUCUGGGUACCAUUUCCCCCACUGAAACAGGUGCUUACCCGUACAGUAGCCAUGUCUCCUCCUUCCUCUAGACCCCCUUGCAGUGGCCUGGAUUCUAUUCAAAAUACAAACUAACCAUUACAUGGGGAGCUCUUUAUUCUCCCUGAAGUCUCCCAAAGGAAAACCAAUUGUCUGGACCUAAUUAUACCAGAGUCUAUAUGAGGAGCAGAAGGAGACAGAAUAUGGUGUAGUACAAACAGGAUUUUUAAGUUCCCAAACUGAGGUUAAAGUUGUAGCUCUGCCAUGAACCUGUUGAACAGCUUUGAAUAAAUCAUUAUCUCUAUGGGGAUUGAUUUCCUCAACUGUGAAAUGAAGAGAUUGUGGACGAGAUGAUCUGAAAGGUCCCUUCUGGUCUAUCACUAAAUUGUAACAGAUUGAGUCAAGCAGUCUAUGAAUCUGAAUACAGACUUCUCCCUCUCCCUAUCACUCAAUCCUGUCUCUGUCCUCUAUUCUCUAGGGUCAGGUUUGACCUGCUCUUUCCCUUCUAACUACCUGCCCCAGACUCUCCCUUCCAGCUUAAAGGAAGCAAGUACUUGCUGAACCAAGUUGGGAUCCCAGAGAGGCAGAUCUGUAAUCCCCCUAUCACUCCUUUUUGACCAGGAUGGGGUUGAGAGGAAGAACUUGAAUAAAAGAUGGACUGAAAAUGAGCAGCUAUUAUCACAGGAGGAAAUAGGUAGAGUAGGAAUCUAUUCACUGAGAUGCAAUUCCAAAUACACUCAGCACUUAUCACAUGCAGUGCACUAGUGUUUGGACUUCCAGGAGGGGUGGAAGGAACUUCUCAACUCAGAUAAUGAAAUAGGCUUAUGCCAUCUCAAAUUUGAGCUAAUAAAUCAUGAUGUAUGAAGGAAUAAAACUAGACCUAAAAUGAUCCUAUUCUUUCUUGGAUUACCCUGUAUACACAGGUAGGGGAAAGAAGUGCUACUGAACAGGAAAAAUAAAACCAACUUGAAAAG